AGAAGAGACUGCGAUUGGUAUAAUCGGAAGAAGAGCCAACCAAUUACAGAAAAGCUUCCACAAACAGCAGAAGGAAUCUGUCACACCUUCUUAGGUCUCCUGCUUCCCCUCCCCUUCGCUCCCGCCUUCCACUUAUUCAUACAAGAAGCGCCUCAGCUUUCAUUGGCCAGUGCGUGGUGACAUCUUAACCAAUCACAAACCAGACUGUGCUCCUACAGUACCCAGAGCGCGAAUCGUGAAGAGACCUUGGCUACGAUUGGUCCCUGCGUGAUAAGGUUUUAAUUUUGAAUUGUUCUACAUGGCGAGGAAGAGGCCACUACCCGGACUCCAUCUAAUCCCCAGCUCUUAGACUAAGACUUUCCUAAAGUGAUUCAUGAUCUUUGGCUGUUGUAUGUCAGAGGAAGUCACAAAAAAAAAAAAAAAAAAAAUUGGAAGCUCAAAGUACAGGAGGUGGAUAUUAUCAACUUGUGUGAUACCACAGUGGAUUUUAUUUUUAAGUAACCUCUACACCCAACGUGAGGCUUGAACUUCUGACCCUGAGAUCAAUCAUCAUAUGCUCAACUUACUGAGCCAGCCAGAAAUCAUGCCCAAGUUCAAGCAACGAAGAAGAAAGCUAAAAGCCAAAGCCAAAAGAUUAUUCAAAAAAAGAGAAGUCUCUCACUUUCAGCCCAAGCUAAUUAUACCUCCUCCUCAGCUACCCUCACCAGAAAGAGUGGUUACUCCUUCAGCAGAUAUACCCCUUAGCAGAAGCUGGCUAAGAUCAUCCUGGAACUUCAAAUUUCCCUAUAUCAAAGAUACAGUAAAACUUUGGACAAAUAGAGUGUGGUCUAUAUACAACUGGUGCCAGAACUGCAUGGCCCAGAGUUUAGAAGUAUUGAAAGACACCAUCUUUCCAUCCCGUUUCUGCCACCGAGAACUUCACAGUCUGAAACAACGGUUUUGCAUUUUGGAAAAUCAAUUAUGCAAGCUCCAGGAAACUCUGAAGGUUAUCUUGGAAAAUUCUUCCUGCCCAAACUGUGGUCGGACAUGUCACAUAAGUGGUAAACUUACAAAUGUGCCUGCCUGUGCUCCAACCACCCCUGGAGAAUCUAGAGCUGUACUUCCUCCCACGCUGCCACAGCCAGCCACCCAUCUUCCUCCUCUUCCACCUCCGCCUCCACCCCCUCCACCUCCUCCUCUACCUCCACCUCCACCACCUAUAGCACCUUUGCUGCUCAGAAAAUCCAGUCGCACUAAAGCACUUCAGGCUGGACCAUUAAAAAAAGAUGGACCCAUGCAAAUAACAGUUGAAGAUCUACUGACUGUGAAAUUAAAGAAGACACAGUGUUUUGAUGAAAGGAAGAAGCUUGUAUCAUCACCAAAGACACGGAAUCCACUAGUUACUGUCUCUGACCUGCAGCAUGUCACCCUGAAACCCAACUCCAAAGUGCUAUCAACUCGAGUUACAAAUGUCUUAAUUACUCCUGGUAAAAGCCAGAUAGAUCUGCGGAAACUACUUAGAAAAGUUGACGUAGAGAGGAGCCCAGGUGGAACCCCACUUACGAAUAAAGAAAAUAUGGAUACAGGAACUGGACUGACUCCAGUAAUGACCCGGGCCUUGAGGAGAAAGUUUCAGAUGGCUCACCCUAGAAGCCCAACUCAAACUCUGCCACUUUCUACAAACAGCUUUGAUGAACAAAACUGAUGUCAACUCA